UGGACAGCGGCCCGCGGCCCGCGGACAGGCGCGUGGGGCCGGCGCGAGCGUGGGGUGCGCGGCCCGCGGCCCUCGGCUCCCCCGGCCCCAUGGCGGGCCCGGCGCCUCCCGCCGCCGACGAGCUGCCCGGCCCGGCCCGGCGCCUCUACUCCAGGAUGGAGGCCUCGUGCCUAGAGCUGGCCCUGGAGGGUGAGCGGCUGUGCAAGGCGGGCGACUUCAAGGCGGGCGUGGCCUUCUUUGAGGCCGCCGUGCAGGUGGGCACCGAGGACCUGAAGACGCUGAGUGCCAUCUACAGCCAGCUGGGCAACGCCUACUUCUACCUGAAGGAGUACGCGCGAGCGCUGGAGUACCACAAGCACGACCUGCUGCUGGCCCGGACCAUUGGUGACCGCAUGGGGGAGGCCAAGGCCAGUGGGAACCUGGGCAACACGCUCAAGGUGCUGGGCCGCUUUGACGAGGCUGUCGUCUGCUGCCAGCGGCACCUGGACAUCGCCCAGGAGCAGGGGGACAAGGUCGGGGAGGCGAGGGCUCUGUACAACAUUGGCAACGUGUACCAUGCCAAGGGCAAGCAGCUGUCCUGGACUGCCGCGCAGGACCCAGGGCACCUGCCGCCUGCUGUGCGCGAGACGCUGCGCCGGGCUUCCGAGUUCUACGAGAGGAACCUGUCCCUGGUGAAGGAGCUGGGUGACCGGGCGGCCCAGGGCAGGGCCUACGGCAACCUGGGGAACACCCACUACCUGCUGGGCAGCUUUGCAGAAGCCACGGCCUUCCACAAGGAGCGCCUGGCCAUCGCUAAGGAAUUUGGAGACAAAGCGGCAGAGAGGAGAGCCUACAGCAACCUGGGCAAUGCGCACAUCUUCCUGGGGCGCUUUGACGUGGCUGCCGAGUACUACAAGAAGACGCUGCAGCUGUCCCGGCAGCUCAAGGACCAGGCGGUGGAGGCGCAGGCCUGCUACAGCCUGGGCAACACGUACACGCUGCUGCAGGACUACGAGCGCGCGGCGGAGUACCACCUCCGGCACCUGCUCAUCGCCCAGGAGCUGGCUGACAGAGUGGGCGAGGGCCGGGCGUGCUGGAGCCUGGGGAACGCCUACGUAUCCAUGGGGAGCCCUGCCCAGGCCCUGACCUUUGCCAAGAAGCACCUGGAGAUCUCCCAGGAGAUCGGGGACCGCAGCGGGGAGCUCACGGCCCGCAUGAACGUGGCGCAGCUGCAGCUGGCUCUGGGCCGGCUGGCCAGCCCGGCGGCCGCGGAGAAGCCAGACCUGGCCGGCUAUGAGGCCCAAGGGGCCAGACCCAAGAGGACGCAGAGGCUGAGCGCGGAGACCUGGGACCUGCUGAGACUACCCCUGGAGCGGGAGCAAAAUGGAGACAGCCACCACGCGGGGGACUGGCGGGGGCCCAGCAGGGACUUGCUCCCUCUCCCCGUGAGGAGCAGGAAGUACCAAGAAGGGCCCGACGCGGCUGAGAGGAGGCCGCGGGAGGGCAGCCAUUCCCCGCUGGACAGCGCGGACGUCCGGGUGCAGCUGCCUCGCACGAGCAUCCCCCGGGCCCCGUCUUCCGACGAGGAGUGCUUCUUCGACCUGCUGAGCAAGUUCCAGAGCAGCCGCAUGGACGACCAGCGCUGCCCCCUGGAGGACGGCCAGCCCGCAGCCGCCGAAGCCACAGCCACCCCAACCCUGGAGGGGACGGUCGCCCAGCCCUCGCUGACGGCCUCCCCACAGACCGAGGAGUUCUUUGACCUCAUCGCCAGCUCCCAGAGCCGCCGGCUGGACGACCAGCGUGCCAGCGUGGGCAGCCUGCCUGGCCUGCGCAUCACCCACAACAACCUGGGCCACCUGCGUGGUGAUGGGGAACCCCAGGAGCCGGGGGAUGAGUUCUUCAACAUGCUCAUUAAGUGCCAGUCCUCCAGAAUCGACGACCAGCGCUGCCCUCCCCCGGACGUGCCGCCCCGCGGCCCCACCAUGCCCGACGAGGACUUCUUCAGCCUCAUCCAGAGGGUCCAGGCCAAGCGGAUGGACGAACAGCGGGUGGACCUUGCCGGGAGCCCAGAGCAGGAGAAGCCUCCUGAGGCCACGGCUGAGGGCAGGCUCUGAGCCACGCGGUCUCGCCCACUGCGCCGGACGCCGGGCACCCAGCCCCCUCUGUGCCCCUACCCAGGGCAGCGGGCUCGGGCCGGGGCUCGCUCCUGUCCCGCGCUUGCCCCACGUGGUACGUGGCUUCCCGCAGCCCUGCCCUCACCCUCGCCCUGCCCCGGGCCGGGCUUCAGCAUGUUGGCUCCAAAGCCCCGGUGCUGUCCGGAUCCUCUCCACUCUCUCCCUGCCCCCCGCCCAGCCAAAUGUGAAGCCCCGCUGCCCACCACCCCCCCCAACCCCCAGAGGCGUCUCUGAAGCCUCCUCUCUGGGGCCACCAGUGACAGGCAUUUCUGUUCUCUGGAAGCUGGCCCCGGUGUGCUGAGCACAGGUGUGCUCACCCCAGUCCAGCCUCACCCCUGGGGAGGGCUCCCCUCCCAGGCCCUGUCCCCUGCUUCCUGCUGGGGCUGGAGGAGGAGGACACAGGCAGACUCGGAAAGCCUGCAGCCUGAGAGGGCAGUGCUCCUCCAACACAGGCCCCCGGACCCCACCAGGCAUGUCAUCAUGAGCCUGCGGGGCCGGGAGGCCUGCCACCUUCCUCAACUCCAAGCCCAGGAGCCCAGGAACUGAGCCGGCCUGGUUCUGGGCACACCAGCUGGCAAAGGUCCGCCCCACUGGCCAUCAGCAGGGCGG